AUGCCUUUCUCUGAGUUGCCAGCUGCUCGACUCAGUCUCUACCAACUUGCAGCCCUCGUUCAAGCAGGCAUGGACAACUUCCUCAACACGCAACUGCAUCCCGCAGACACUUGCAACAUCUGCACCGAGCACUUCAGCGCGACCCAUCAGCCUGCGGCGCUGCCUUGCAAGCAUAUCUUCGGUCAUGAGUGCAUCAUGAAGUGGCUGAAGGAGGGUAGGGGAAACUCAAAUGCUUGUCCAACUUGCCGUUACGUCGUGGUCCCCAAACCAAACCCACGCGCAACCUUCGAUGUUGCCUCAAUCUGGAAAGCAAUAUGCGACCAGCCGCCCGAACGCCUCCAUGCUUUCAUGAUGAAGAUAUGGUCUGGCCUGGAGAUACUUUGGCAGCGAGAGCCCACCGGUGCCUUCACAGUAACCUCCAUUCUCGACCAAGCCAUCAUCCCGGCCCUGAUUAACACUGCACAUCGCACUAACGCGCCCGAUGAUCGGCGGCCAGACUCUCUUUUGGAUUGCUACAAUCUCGUGGCCGCAUCUUGGGACUCCCUGGGCCGCCCCAACAUAGCGACUGGUCUCGCGAUCCCGUUGGUUCGGCUUGCACGUUUGAUGGCCAGCGCAGGUGCUGUGCUACCAAAGUGGCUGACCAAGAACCCACGCGCAAACAGACUAGUCUGGCGCGCAAAUGCCUGUCUACCUAUCGGCGAAGUAGACCUAUCGUGGCGCUACAUCAUCGAAGCCUCUCAACAGAUCGAGUCGCCUUACUUCCCCUUGCUGCACCUCUAUACCGUCUUCAUAAGCCAGAGCAUCGCUCACUUCCCUGCACCGAGUCCAUAUCCCACCAAGCGUCUUGAAAUCAUGAACCUUGUGGUUGAGCGCUGUUGUACGAAGAUUGGUGGUGGAGGGGCGGCUUGGAAGGGUAAGCCGGGCGACGAGCUCAAGGAGGCUUUGGUGGGGGUAUACGACGAGUUACGAAGGCAUCAGCUGGAAAAGAAUCGGAUGAGUCUGCGAGGUCACGACGGAGAGGAUGCGCUGGUCAAGGGCAUAUGGGCUCUCGCUGGCUGGGGCGGAGGAAGAGGUAACGCGCGCUGA